UAAGAUACGUCAAAGACCCAAAAAAACUGUCUUUAAAGGCGUCAACUCCACUAAGUCCAUUUAUUUCCACUGAUGCCCAUACGUUUCUCUCUCUCUCUCUCUCUUUCUCUCUCACUAAAAACACAUUUUAGGGAGGGACACGACACGAUACCCACACACACACCCAUGUGAAAAUUCACUCCACAAACCUCAAACCCUCCUCGCCAAAUGCAAUAAAAGCUUUCUGGUUUUUUCCAUCAACACAUUCUUGCUCAAUUGAGUUGCUGUACAGUUUUUUUUUUUUUUGUUUUUUUUUGAAAAAAAAAAUAAUGUUUUUCAAGAUGUGCCCGGCGCCGGAAAAUCCGGGUCAGGACCCGUUUAAAGCUCUGAAACCGAUACUGAAAGAGAGGACCCGCGACGCGGUAACGACGUCGUUGAAGGCGGCGGUGGCGGCGAUCCUAACCCUCUCCAUCUCCCUCGCCGCAUACUCCGCAAUCUACGGCGCGAUUCGACCCGAUUUCUUCCGCUGGCCCGACCGCUCCGACCGACCCGACCCGGAUUUAUACAUGGCUUUAUUCAACUCCGACGAUUCCCCCACGAACGUCUCCCACCUGGCCUUCGGCAUCGGCGGGUCGACCGCGACCUGGGCGAACCGGGCGGUCUACUCGGAUCUCUGGUGGAAACCCGGGUCGACCCGGGGGUAUGUUUUCCUGGAGAAGGACCCGGGCGGGCCGGCCCGGGGCGGAAUCGGGCGGCGCGUCUCGUCGGAGUGGCGGCGGUUCCGGCGGACGGCGGGGUCGGAGUCGGCGGUGAGGAUUGCGCGGGUGGCGGCGGACCUGUUCCGGGUCGGGCUGCCGAACGUGAGGUGGCUCGUGAUGGGGGACGACGACACGGUGUUCUUCCCGGAGAAUCUGGCGGCGGUGCUGGGGCGGCACGAUCACCGGCGGAUGGUGUACGUCGGCGGGAACUCGGAGAGCGUGGAGCAGGAUGUGAUGCAUGCGUACGACAUGGCGUUCGGCGGCGGGGGGUUCGCCAUCAGCUACCCGCUGGCGGCGGAGCUCGCCGCCGCCAUGGACGGGUGCCUCAACCGCUACCACUACUUCUACGGAUCGGAUCAGCGGGUGUGGGCCUGCGUGGGGGAGCUCGGCGUCGGCCUCACCCGCGAACCGGGUUUUCAUCAGAUUGAUAUUAGAGGGGAUCCCUUCGGGCUCCUAGCAGCACACCCGUUGGCGCCUCUGGUCUCUCUUCACCAUCUCGACUAUGUCAGCCCCUUGUUCCCGAACCAGACUCAGCUCGAGUCGGUGAGCGUCCUGAUGAAAGCCUACGAGGCCGACCCUUCAAGAACUCUGCAGCAAUGCUUUUGCUACCACCACAAAUACAAAUGGUCGGUCUCGGUCUCGUGGGGCUAUGCAGUGCAAAUAUUCCCCACUCUGUUGACAGCGAAGGAGUUGGAGACGCCUCAGCAGACUUUCAAGACGUGGAGGUCUUGGAACGACGGGCCCUUCACGUUCAACACGCGGCCCGUGAGCAGGGAUCAGUGCCAACGGCCCGUUGUCUUCUUCCUGAGCUCUGCUGAGAAGGAGGGGACUGAGGAGACAGUCACGACCUACAGAAAGGCCGCGGCUCAUCCGGUGGAUGGCUGUAACAAGGACUAUGCUCGUGCUGCGGCUAUUGAAAACGUCGUCGUCUUGGCACCCAAAAUGGAACAGCAGGAGUGGGAUCAGAGUCCAAGGAGACAUUGUUGUGACAUUGAUGGAAAUUUAGGAAAUCGAACGAUGAGAAUUAGGAUUAGAAGGUGUAAACAUUCUGAGACGAUAACAAUUUGAGGUUAGCUUAGCCUCCAAUAUAUAUAUACAUAUUUACAGUAUUUGUAAAUAAUUGGCAGACUAUUGGGUUACACUAUUUUCCAUAUUAUUAUAGAGAUAUAUAGAUUAAUUACUUUGGAUC